GGGCCUGUGCGAGUUGCAGCCUGACAGUGCCCCCCUUACCCCCACCCCAGCGGGAGCAGAGGCGCCCCCCGUAUAUCCCGGGGGCAAGGCGAGGGCGAGGGGGGUCCCCCCGACUCCAAUCCUGCUGCACAGGGACCAGCCCCUACCCGGGGCGCAGAGGAGGCUGGGGCAGCGCCACACACCGGCAGUGCCCCCUCCCGGGCGGAGAUGGAAGCCAAUGCAGCGAGCGAUGAGGGUGUGCAUUUCCAGAGCUACCCAUUCGACUUCCUGGAGUUCCUAAACCACCAGCGCUUUGAACCUAUGGAGGCCUAUAACCACGAACACGCCAAAGCAGUCGCUUCUCUCCCCUGCCCACAGCCGCAGUACGAGUACACCCAGCCACCUACUGCUGCCCCUCCAACUCACUUUGACCGUGUCCCUCCAACUGUUGGCACUUCUAAGCCCAAAACUGAGGGCCCCUCCUCCUCUUCUUCCUCAUCCACCUCUUCUACUAACGUUCAAGUCAAGAAAGCUGACCCUGGGGCACCUGCAUCACAGCAGCAGCAGCCGCCACAGCCCCCAUACAGUACUCCAGCAGUGGUUCCACCAACAGGCCAGCCUCUCUUUGAUACUACAGCUGCAGCUGCCGCAGCUGCCGCUGCCUACAACACUCCACAGUGGGGUAUUGUGGACCUUUCUGGCCACCAGCACCUCUUCAGUAGCCUGAAACGUGGGCAGGCACCACCACCGGCUGCCACCUCUGUAACCCCUGACAGCCAGGCAAUCAAGGACGACAAAAACUACUUUAGGCGUUUGAAAUACUUCAUUGAUCGGCGCUUCCCGUGUGGGGUGUGCCAAAAAUCAUUCAAACAGUCAUCCCACCUGGUGCAGCACAUGCUGGUACAUACGGGCGAACGGCCAUAUGAGUGCACCACCUGCGGGCGCACUUACAACCACAUCUCCAGUCUCAUUCGGCACCGACGCUGUCACAAGGACACAGAGGAUGCCACAGCGGCUGCUAAUGCAGCGGCUGCUAAUGUAGCAGCAGCAGCUGCUGCUGCUGCUGCUGCCGCCGCCGUAACCAGCGCAGCUCCUGCUCCCAAUGCUGAGGGAGCCGUCCAACCUCCUCCUCAAAGCAGCAACCCACAGGUAGUACCAACACCGACUGGUGUGACUGCUGCCUCUGCUCUGGGUGCGGCCAUUGCUCAGACAGAAGGUCCUUUCACUUGUUCUCUCUGCUGGAAGGUGUUUAAAAAGCCAAGCCACUUGCAUCAGCAUCAGAUCAUUCACACUGGUGAAAAGCCGUUCUCGUGCUCCGUCUGCCAGAAAAGCUUCAACCGCCGUGAGAGCCUGAAGCGGCACAUACGGACCCAUUCAGACCUCUUGCGAGUGCAGUGUGGGGUGUGUGGCAAGGAAUUCCGAGAUGCCUCCUACCUACUCAAGCACCAGGCAACCCACGCCCCACCUGGAACCAUACCCCCACGUCCAGAAUACAAGUGUGACAUCUGUGGCAAGGGCUAUGUAGCUCCCCAAAACCUCCUGCGUCAUCGGCAGCUGCAGCAUGAGGGAGCCCAACUACCCAAGGAUGGCACCAAUGCUGCACUUCCCUACCUGCCCCCAGGGGCAUAUCUCCUCCCCCAAGAUGGACAGACUACCAGUUCUGAGGGAGACACCAAGCCAGCAUCAUAUGGGCUUUUGGGUGCUCACCCACUACUGGUGGGGACAGCAGCGGGCAAGAACUUCUGCUGUGGGAUCUGUGGCCGUGGCUUUGGGCGGAGGGAGACACUCAAACGACAUGAACGGAUUCAUACGGGCGAGAAACCCCACCAGUGUGCAGUGUGUGGGAAGCGCUUCCGCGAAUCCUUCCACCUCAGCAAACACCAUGUGGUGCACACCCGGGAGAGGCCCUACAAAUGCGAGAUAUGUGGGAAGGUUUUUGGUUACCCGCAGAGCUUAACCCGGCACAAACAGAUCCACCGGCUGCAACUUCCUUGCUCUUUGCCACCGAUGGGACCUUCACUGACCCCCAUGGGGCCCUCGCUGCCCCCACCUCCUGAGGGGCUAACCUACGGCUGUUCCGACUGCGGAGAACGCUUCCCUGAUCUCUUUCAUGUCAUGAGUCACAAGGAGGUCCAUGUGGCUGAGAAGCCAUACCCUUGUGAUGCCUGCGGCAAGUGCUUUGGCUUCAUUGAGAACCUCAUGUGGCACAAGCUGGUCCACCAGGCUGCUCCUGAACGGCUCCUGCCCCCAGAUGAGACAGCAGCAGCAGUUGCACCGCUGGAGAAUGGGCUGGCUGGGGGUGACAAUAUGACAUCGUAUGAAGAUCACCAUCCCACCUUGCCAAGUGGGGAACGCUUCUCCUGUUCCAUCUGUGGCCAGACCUUCAAGCAUUUCCUGGGGCUCGUCACCCACAAGUAUGUGCACCUGGUGCGUCGCACACUGGCCUGUUCAGUAUGUGGGCAGAGUUUUGCAGGAGCCUAUGACCUGCUGCUGCAUCGCCGCACCCAUCUGCAGAAGCGCCAUUUCUCUUGCCCAGUUUGUGGCAAGCGCUUCUGGGAGGCCGCUCUGCUGAUGCGCCAUCAACGAUGUCACACAGAGGAGCGCCCUUACCGCUGCACCGUCUGUGGACGUGGCUUCCUGCGCUCAUGGUACCUACGUCAACAUAAAGUGGUGCACACAGGAGAGCGAGCCUACAAAUGUGCCCUCUGCAACAAGCGCUUUGCGCAGUCAUCCAGCCUGGCCGAACAUCAGCGUCUUCACGUGGUGGCCAGGCCCCAGCGUUGUCCCACCUGUGGCAAGACCUUCCGCUAUCGCAGCAACCUUCUGGAGCACCAGCGAGUGCAUCUAGGUGAGAAGGUCUACCGCUGUGACCGCUGUUCCAAGAGCUUCUUUUACCUGUCAUCCAUCUUGCGUCACCAACGCUCCCACGAUGCCAAGCGUGAGUUAAGAUGUGGGGCCUGCCUCAAGCUCUUCAAGGACCCCAAGUAUUUCAGCAAACAUCUCCAGGCCCACCAGGGUGGGCGACCCUUCAAGUGCAGCACCUGCGGGGAAGCCUUCUCCAACACCUACGGUCUCAAGAAGCACCGCCACAUUCACAAGAUGGAGCGCUUUGCUGCUAUGGGGGGCCACAAAGAACAACCGUAGUGUUGAGGUGGCUGCAGAAAGGAUGGGUGGUCUAAGGGAGAGAAAAGGGGGCUAGUUCCAGGCUACUGUAAGCCAUAAGGGCGGGGGGUUCCAUAUAGUAAGCAAAUUGUGCUUGUUUGAAGUGAGAUGGCACAGUUGGGGAGGGGUCACAAAUACCUGGAUUGGGCAAGUCAUAACACCAGAGAGAGAAUACGUGAGAGCUUAAUGAGGAAGGAAAGUUAAUACAAGUUGUCCUGCUGUUCAGUUUCCUAAAACAAAUAGUCAUAAUCCUGUCCACCAUGGAUUCCCCAGGAUGAAGGGGUGUGUGGGGGGGUGGGGGCUGCCUAAGAGGUGGCAUUUUCCCACCAAGAGUGAGUAUAGCUUUGGAGAUGGAAAUUGUGGGAAGAGAGAAUAGGGCUAGAGCAUAGCCUCCAUGACAUGAUGCUUUUCCGUAUGCAGAGAGAAUUGAAUAUGAGAGACCAUUCAGACGUGUGAUUCCCCUGACUGCGCUCUAAAAUGGUACAUCACAGGAGGACUGUGUCACAGAUGAAUUCUUUUUAAAUAUAUGUGAAUUGGCCUUCAGAAGGUAGACAGGAAGUGCAAAAGCAUUGUUGGUUGUCCCUUAUUAAACCUAUAGCAUGGGCCCUCUCCUUUGGGUUAGCCAUCAGUGCCUCUCCUUUUUCCCCAGUAUGCUAAAAUUCUUGCAUAAGCCAAUGCACCAUUGCACCUAGAGUAAAUGAGCCACCUCCCAGCAUCAAUGCUGAAUGCCUUUUCUUGAGCUAGAGUGGAUCUGGGAUGGGGGCUAUGGUAAGUGGUCACUCACGCACAAUCCAAGUCUACUUGUUUGUAUGCCCCUGUUGGUUGAGCCAGGAAAGCAAACUAACCUGGUGGCCACUCACAUCCCAGGCCAGAGUGAUAUGUUGCUUCUGGUUUUUUGCCCAUCUAUUCAUGUGCAUUCUCCCCUCCUAGGUCUGAGCCAUGGGCCCCUCCCUUUCUUGGCAUGUCCUCCCCCCUCUCCAUCAAAUCAAAUGCAGGCUGGUCAGUUUGGAGUCAGCAUGCCUCUUGAUAACAUCUUCAUCCUCAGUCCCGUCAUGGGAUGUCAUUCCCGAAGUAGGAACAGACAAAAGAAAUGCUUGCAAAUAGUCUUUUGUCCCCAUGUGUUACCUUGACCUCUCCACUCCUUUUUUUGUACCUUCUUUCAGCAAACUCCAGGGCAUAUCACUGUGUAGCUCUGAGCAGGAAGGCAUGGCUGAUGUACUACAAACAACCAAAGAGUUCUAAAAGAGCCGCUCCUCCUCCUCUGGACCCUAUGCUGGACAUUCCGUUCUCUGUGGGGGUCCCCCCCACUUUUGUGAUCUAAGUAGAGAAUUUGGAGCAGCAUUUGGUGGCCCAGUGUGCCAUUUAAACAAUCUAGAUGCAUAACGAAAAACAUGAGGGACAGAAGAGUAAUGGCUAAAAUGUGUCUCAGCAGAAGAAAAGGGGAAAAGAUACCUCAUGAUAAAUAAGUUGGAUCAGCUAAUUGAUCCAGUCACACUAAAGUCUUGCCUCCAGCAGUGAUGGAUACUGGAUCUUCCUUUUGUUUUUAAUUUUUAUCCUGAAGUUAAAAACCUGAACAUGUAGCUGAAAUUCAGUGGACUUUUUCUGGUUCUACUUCUGUUUGCCUUCUAUGGAAACCGUUUUUCCAUAUAUUCUUUCCUGGCUUCCUGAUUUGCCAGUAGAAAUGAACAGUAGUACAAAUUUCCCUUUAUGAAUAUGCUACACCCUCUUUAUCCCAUAUCUGCUUAUCAGAAGUAGCUCCUUCUAUAUUUUACUUGAACAGUGCAUCCAUGGAAGUCCCAUGGAAAGGAAUACUAAUCUCCAAACUUUUCAAAUCCUGAAGGUUAUUCUGUAUGCCAUCCACUUUUUAAACUUGAUAAAAUGGGUUCACAACAACGUAUCCAGUAGGUGAUAUGUGUAUUGAAUUGUUUAAUUGUAGUUUCCUGGUUGGACAAUAGAACACAGGAGAAGAUGGGGGUGGGAGGGGAGAGAGAAAAAAUGUUUUAUGCUUUCUCAUAAGAGAAAAUACUGUUUUAGAAUCGCCAAACCAUCUGCCUUUGGCCAAGCCUGUGGACCUCCAAAGGAAAUUUUCUCAGAAUAAUUUACAAGUCUGGAACAUACAUGACAGAUUUCAUGAUUGAUUGCGAUUUCAAUCUGAAAAUUGAUUUUAUCCUGUUCAGCCAGACCUUGCUUAAGACGUUCACAAUCAUGACCUAUUUCCAACAAAUGAGAAAAUGUAAUCUCUUUAUUUUAGGCGUUCUUUUAAAAGUUUCCUGGCCUCAGUUAAUGUAAGUUAUCCUUGACAUUCUUUGACCACCCUUUUUGUGCUCAGAAUUAGAAAGUGACACUCAUUCAGUGCAUAUUUUUGGAUAGAGGGGAAGAUGGCACAACAGAAAGAAUGCAAGUGCUUUUCUAGCCAAGUCUUUUAUGGCAGAGCAGGCAUGAAGUACUUGCUAGCAAAGGCUCACCUGACCCCUGAUAAUUUUUUCAGAGCUGUUUAACAUUUGCAGUCAUCCUUUUUAGAAGCUGUUUCAUCCCCCCUCCCUCCCCCAAGUAUAUAUUUCUGUUCUGUGUUGUGGUUGGGCUUUGCUAGUUGGUACAAUGUGAAUUAGCUCCUGAAACACAUCCUGUCAUGAUUCUGAAAGAGAGCCAGCUAGGACCACAUUGUCUCCGGAAAAGCUGAAAGGCUCCGGAAGAGCAAAGGGCCUGGGAGGCAGGGUGCUUUGGGUAGAGUUCUAUGGAAGAGGCUUGUAAGAACUCAGUGGGUUGAAGAUGUGGAAGGCCAAAGUUUUAAUUCUGGUUGGGAAGCCAGAGGGUUUUUUUGAAGAAUUGGUUGGUUUGGAUAACAUGGUUCAGAGUUCCCAUUGCAUUGCCUUGCCUGUUAUAUUCCUAGUUGGAUUCUGAGCCCUGAUUUGUGUGCUGCUAGGAUGCCACUGGUCCUGCAGGUCCCUGUCGACACUGAUGUCUUCUCUGCCUCUUAUUGGAAUUGUGAAACAGGGACAGGGACGAUCAUCUUUUCCUAGCGUUGGGCAUUACUUUUUAAGACACCACAAGACACACAGUAAUCGUCAAAGAACUUCUUCAGCCCUCCCAUAUUUUGGAGAAUUUGGGAUUCAGUGGGUAUGACAGAAUGGCAGGACAAAUUUCUCAUGCUGGCGAAACUGGGAGAUGAAUAUUCUUGAGACAGGACUCAAAAAUCCCCAGACCUACAACCGUUGCAACUUCGGGAUGAAGAGUCAGAUCACCAUUUGAACCCAACCCUUCGUUAUCGUGUUAGCAGAUGACUUUUUAUAUUAAUACAGAUAUAUAAAUACAUACAUUUAUAUAUAAAUUCUUCUUUUCUAAUUACCCCUUUCUCCUAUUGGCCACAGAGUGCAGUUCCUUUGGUGCCAAGCUUCCUCUGUGUUAACAAAUGUACUAAAAUAUGUAUAGAACCCCUUUCUUCACACAGUUGUUGGGCCUGGACUAUGAUAGGCUCUUGUUGUGCCCCUCGGGAACUGUACAGUGUGUGUGUUUCUCAGUCCGGUGGGGGACUGGAGCGUGUUCGUGUUUUAAAACAAGCAGUUGCUAAAAGUAUCUGAAUUACAAUGUACAGACUAAACAAACAUUAAAAAAGAAUGGGAAAAAUGUAUGUGCCAUGCAUUGGA